AUGAUUAAGAUCAUGAUUGCACAUGCGAAGAAACAUCCUGGGUUAAUCCCUCAAUUUGUCUUCCUGACUCUGGGCGUAACAGGUGCCACCCUCUAUCUGAUCCGCCUGGCAAGAGGACCUCAUGUCACCCUGUGGGACAAGAAGAACAACCCAGAGCCCUGGAACAAGCUUGACCCAACCUACCAGUAUAAGUUUAUGGCCGUCAACACGGACUACAAGAACCUGAAGAAAGAGGGCCCUGACUUCUAAAGGUCCUCCGGGCAGCUCCAGGGGCACCAAGUUUGGCAGGACCUCCUGCUGUCGCCUCAGAGAUCAGUUUCACCUCAUGCUC